GUUUACUAGAACACACAGAAGAAUGGGCACACUAUGGACAGCACUGCUCUUACUUGGGCUCAUCAGCAGCAGUAUAUCUGAAGUACUUUUUGACGCAGACGACAAAAAUGGAACCGUAAGUAAUCAAGUCCACGACCUGGGCAGUACGCCGCAUGUCUGCAGAGGAAAUUUAGCAAAAUGUGACGAAGGAAUGACACUAGCCGUUAGUCUGCGCCCUUCAAGACAGCCGCCAAAACACAAAUACACAUAUUUCAUAUCCAACGGUGGUCAGACGGCAGCCUCUGAAGGUUUUUAUAUCAGGCAGAACUAUGGGAAGGAAUUCGAAGUUGGGGUGGCAAAGCAAGGCACCCUGUGGACCGUCAGAUUUGGUCUGGACGCCAGGAAGUGGACAACGGUCACCCUCGUCUGGAACCUAGAACGCGGUCUCACCGUCUUUGUUGACGGGUUUCUGGUUCAAGAAAACCGUGCUGGCGUCUCAAGACUCCAUAUUCCCUACACCAUUGACCCGUUCCCAAGACUUCUCGUGGGUAAAGCCAAUGAUGAAGUGAGUUCAGCAGAGAUGUUUGACGGCAAUGUCCGCACCGUCCGUCACUGGUCGUACAUUCUGACCAUAGAGGAGCUCCAGAAUAUCGAUGACACCAAUUUGUUCCGUCUUGGCUGUUUGGCUUCCGUUGCUGUGGAAACAACGGACGUCACGGAGUUUCAGCACCCCGUCAUGGCCUGUCGUCAACACUGUCACGCGUCAGGCAGAAAAGUGGCGCUUCUUAAAGACAACAAACUUUGCGGCUGCUUUGAUACUCCGGAGGACGUGCGAGAUCUCCAGGCAACCUGCGACCCAUCCUUAGGAUCAUGGGAGGUCUUUACCGUCAGUCACGUGACCGACACAAUGUCCGAGGUCACAGUGCAGGUCAAGAAGGAGACUUUCUCGCAGAAACCUUACACGUUACCAGGAGAAGAAGUCCUUCUUCGGAUCACAUCCGACGCCGACGAAGAUGUGUGGUAUAUUGUUGACUUCAAAGAUGGCGUCACUGUCGAAACAACCAAACCAGAUGUCAGUCACUCGUGGAAAAAUCCGGGCACUUACAGCGUCAACGUCACAGUGUUGGGAAGAACAGUGGCAGGAACCGCAACAGUCGACGUGGAAAUCCAGUUCGUGGACGAAGGCGAGAGACCGGAGGUGGUGGACAUCGUAGCAUACGAGGAGUCAACUGCUUCACGGUAUAUUCGACACCAACUGACCUCAAUUGGACGUGCACCGAUGACAUGCACAAUGGAUUUCGGCGACGAAUCACCCCUGUUUGAAGUCACCUUCAAUGAAUUCAUCGGCAGCCAUGAUGUGUAUCACAACUAUUCUCUGCCUGGUCUUUAUCGAACCUCUGCAACGUGCAAGAACAAGUUCGGAGAGCGAAGUACGUCUGAAAUAAUCCGUGCUCGUAAUUGGUACUUUGACCACACGUUGAUGUCCACUGGAGACAAGGUGGUCUUUCCUUUCACUGCCGUGGACUCUCUUCAAUCAAACGUUCAUGUUCUCGUCAACGAAAAAGCUGUCCCGUACCAGGUCCAGAAUUCGUCCCUGUUGGUCGACGGGGAAGUAUUCAAUAAACCAGGAGGGCGCUUCUUGACCGUGACGUAUGACCACGUGAUGUUUCUGAAACACAUUCUGGACGUUCAAGAAGAGAUUGGUAACGUGACAAUUGCAGCUGACAAGUACCAUACAGUCAUAAAUGACACGAUUGAGUUCACCUUCACCUUUGGCCGGGGCGAUCCAAUCCACGUCCUUAUCGACUACGGAGAUGGUUUUGAGGAAGAAUUAUACAUCCAAAGCGCGGAGCGACCCGUUCGCGUUACGAAAACACACAGUUACACUGACUUGGGACUGUACCACGUGAAGGUGGAGGCGGCUAACGACGUGCACUACGUAUCAGUAUACAAGGUGGUGACUGUGGAGCGGCCACUCUCGUACGCCGAGUUCUACGCCUCCAAUGUCACCCACCCAUACGAUGCUGUUAACUUCACCGUGGUGGCAGACAGAGGGAUGCCGUCUAUCCCGUUAACGUGUAUCUUCUAUUACCAAGACGGGGAGAAAGAAUUCGUGCAUGGUGUCACAGUUACUGACGAUGGCGAGCCCUUUGUUCACUUCAGAAGAUAUGCAGAUUUUGGUAUUUAUAAUGUGAAAGUAGUUGUGUCCAAUAACAUAAGCUCUAUUGACUUAUACCACCUCAUCCAGGUUGGUGACAACUUGACAUGGGUGGACCUCACGACCAGGACGGAGCGCGUGCGGGUGCGUGAAGACACCGCUGACGUCCAGAUCUACUGUCCAACGGGGUCUGCUGUCACCUAUACCGUAGAUUUCGGUGACGGGAAUAUAAUGGUUGUGUUACCACACGACAUCGCCACUACAACACCAGAGACGUAUUACACCACGACCCCUCAGGCUCCCAGUCUUGCCACAGAUUCUUUUAUAACCAGCAACGAUACACUUAACGCUAUAGAGCUGUCCAAGACUCCACUUGACAACGUUACUUUAGUAGAAGACGACCUGCUUGCCACUCGCAAAAGAAGGGCCGUCAACUCAACCGACUGGAGUGAAUCAAAGAACGGUACAUGGCAACAGGCCCCCUUUAACCACAGGAUGAUCGCUCUGGAGUCUCUGGCAGCCGUGGAGGUAGGAAGCGGCGACAUGGAAGGCAGUGGGGAUGUGUUAGUGCCAACCAGACCAAACAAAGCCCUUCCAACGACAGAGGGCGCCUUGUCUACACAGCCUAACUUGUAUUAUGACGGGUUCAGAGUGCCAGAGGACGGUCAGAUCGCUUCACCACAGGACUACUCUAGGUCUGAAGAUGGCCGAACCGUACACGUUUACCACAAAUAUAUGAAGGAGGGCAAUUUCCUGGUGAAGGUCACAGCGAGCAACAAGUUUGGAUACGUUCAGAACAUUCUGUGUCAAGACAUAGUUUCGAGAUCGGAAGUAUUGGAUCUGCGGCAAUGUGCCAGACCUAGGAUCAAGUUUAGAGGGCUGUCAACCAGCUUAGAAUCUCCAUACCAACGCAUGCGCUCCGAGAAGGUAAUCGUCGACGUAGCGGCGAGCAUAGAUUGUGAAGGCAUUAAGAAAGCUACAUAUUCCUGGAAGGUGUUUAGAAUACACCAAGAGAUUGAUCCAAUUCUAGAAAGACCAACUCACGAAAUAUGUACCUUACUUGACAAGAGGACGCGGUUUAGAAUGGAGCCCCUCACCCUUCCCUGGGGUAUGUAUCGACUAGUGGCCACAGUGUCUCCCCUGCAGCACCAUGUCACCUACUCUAAAGAAGACCUCUACCUGGAGAUCACAAAGACACCACUUGUAGCUGACAUAGCGGGUGAACCUAUUCGUGGUGUUGUGUACUACGAUUCCCUGACAAUCGAUAUGAGUGCGAGCCACGACCCGGAUGAGGAAGCUACAGAGGAUCCCGCGUUCAUCUUGGAUCUGUUCUGCUACCCCAUGGACGUGAAAGAGGAGUUUGAUAAAUACGACCUCGAGGGUCUAAGGAACACUAGUCGACACGUGACCAACAGCUCGAACGUUCACAUACACGCGUUCCCCACAGAUGAUGACGGCGAGAGCGAAUGUUUCAAAGAUCCUGAAACAAAAUAUGUGGAUUUCAGGGGAAAGAAAGUUCGCUUUGCCGCUUCUAAUCUCGGUCUUAAUUCCAGCUAUGUGAUGCACCUGUUUGUGUCUAAGGACGAUCGUGUUUCUAACAUGAGUCAACGGUUCCAGGUGUGGAACUCCAAUUUCACUUUGGAGGGAAUGUUAAACCGCCUACAAGAGCUGCUGGCUAGCGGAGACACGGGCGCUGUUGUCAUGGUUUUGGGAACUGCCACAAAGAGUAUGGGCAAUAAUUCUGAUGACGGCGUCGUUGGAGACUUAAUCGGCGUUGUGGACGAGGUUGCGGAGAAACUCCAAGACACCGGUCAAAUUAUAGGAGCCACGAAUGCUCUGGGGGCCCUUACAGGCAACAGUGGCGGCGGCAAGGAUGACAAUAAGAAAAAGGCAUCAUCAGCUGUGAGCAAGAUGGCCGGCAAAACCAGAGAACUGACUCUGUCUGAACCCAUCACUAAAGUGGAAGAAGUUGGCGCAGGAAUGAUCAAUGUCUUCAGCAACAUUGUCCCUGAUAAUAUUGACACUGAAAAAAUGAAAGAAGAGGCCAGAAUGCGCAAGCGUAAAAGGCGCGCGCCGCACGAGCUCGGUGACAUAGGCAGCAUGCACAUCUGUAAAUGUCUCCCGCCCCCGAAAGGAGAGUUUGAGGAAGAAGAGGUGGAUAUUGAAGCAAUGACCCCGAAAGAUGGCUGCCCAAAACUGGACGCUGACGUCCGAGAUCUGUGCCAAUAUUUUGACGACGAAGAGGUUAUCUACAUGAUGCAGUUUGAACAUAUCGAUGACCGUAAGAUCCUUCUGGCAGAGAGAAUAGAACAGUUUAACGCUGAGCUGCAAAUGAAGAAAGAUAACGACCAAGAAGUGACCUCCAACAUUGGGAACGCUGCCAACGGUGUCACGGACGUACUUCUAGAGAAGACAGAACCGGACAACCCCGAGCCUAUCGUGAUCGAAUCUCCAAAGAUCGCUCUUAAGUUGCAGAAGACUAAUGCCACUGAAGGAGGCAGCCAGAAAAUGCAAGCUAAAGGCGGUGGUUUCAACAUGCCGGGUGACGUCCUCAGCCAAGGCAGUGGGGGGAACGCGUCCGUGGGUGCCAAGCUGAUGACGUCUAAGAACAACCCAUACUCCUGGGGAGACACAUCUUCCGCCAUCAAGACGCCUGUGCUCUCGUUGUCCUAUAUGAACGAGGACGGGUCGCCCAUGGAGAUCUCAAACGCAUCGGAACCCAUUGAAAUCGUUCUUGAUAAAGACGCAUCUGUGAUUCCAAAGGCAGUGAACUUCUCACUGCUGUCUGACGGUUCCCUGAAGUGUCAUCACACCAAGAUUCCAACCAAUGGCAGCACCAUCCACGUCAUCGUCCGACCCACGCUUCCAGAGGACAGGUUCAGGGUAUACAUUAAGCACAUGGAGUUCCCGAACAAGACCCACUACGACCACGUGGACUACAUACCACGUGAGGAAGACGUGGACACAGAAGAAGAUGACGUCAGAGAAGAAUUGCGAUACACGUAUUUCCCUCCAGCUAACGUGACCAGUUUGAACGGCUCAUACUACAUCUGUGUCGAGCUGUACGGUGCCAAGGUGACUUUCCCGUUAAUUGAAACCAACCACUCGUACUCGUGGCAGCUCUAUACCUCAGGGUGUCGGUUCUGGAAUGAAACCACCAACGACUGGGGAACUGACGGCUGCUAUGUGGGCGAGCUGACCCACACCAAGAAAACCCAGUGUCUGUGUACCCAUCUAACCAAUUUCGGCGGUGACUUUGUUGUGCCGCCAAACUCCAUUGACUUCAGCACGGUGUUCAGCAAAUUUAAAGACCUUCACGAGAACGCGGCUGUGUUCAGCACUGUCGUCACCGUGCUUGGGUUGUACUUUAUCCUGCUGGGCUGGGCAAGAUAUAAAGACAAGAAGGACAAGCUUAAGUGGGAGGCCACGCCCCUUGAAGACAACCUGCCCACCGAUAACUACCACUACCAGAUCACGGUGACCACAGGGAUGAGGAAGAAAGCAGGAACAACCUCCAAGGUCAGCUUUAUCCUCUCUGGCGACGAUGGCGACACAGGAGUCAGGCGACUUGGCGACGGCAAGAGAAAGAAAUUCGAGCGCGGCUCCAUUUUGAAUUUCAUCCUCAGCGUGGAGCACUCUCUGGGCCCCCUGACCUUCCUCCGUAUCUGGCACGACAACUGUGGUCACGGCAAGGAACGCUCUUGGUUCCUGGAACAGGUGCAGCUACAGGACCUGCAGACCGGAGAAAAAUUCUUCUUCCUGUGCGAUCGUUGGUUGGCGGUGGAGGAGGACGACGGAAUGGUUGAACGUAUUCUCCCCGUGGCUGGGCUGGAAGACCUCUCAGACUUCAAACAUCUCUUCUCUUCCUCCGUGAAGAAAAAGUUGACCAACGAACAUCUCUGGUUCUCAGUCGUCUCACGUCCCACCAAAAGCAACUUCACCCGCGUGCAGCGUAUCUCGUGCUGUCUGUCACUGCUGUUCUGCACAAUGAUUGCCAACGCCAUGUUCUUUAAAGCAGACGACAAGAAGGAGAAGGUGAACGCCAUUAAACUGGGGCCGUUGUCCUUCACUCUGAGCCAGUUGUACGUCAGCUUGAUCAGUACUCUGAUAGUAUUCCCUGUCAACUUGAUCCUGGUGACCGUGUUCCGCAAGGCAAGACCCAAAAAGAACACCAUCUCACAAAUGAACGCCGCCAUUAAAUCUAAGAAGUUUCGCUGGAGGAGCAUGAACCCGGGCUCUUCCCUGUGGAACAACGUGGAGAAGACCAAGAUGCAGAAGUUCAAGGAGAGCAUGAGCAAGAUCCUCACUUUCCACCAGAGGUCGAAGUAUGAGACGGAGAUCCCAGAGGAGGAACUGCCAGGUUAUGAUAAGAAGAAGAAGAAGAAAGGGUUCACACUGCCCCACUGGUGCAUGUACUUUGCCUGGUUCUUGUGUUUCUGCAGCGUCUCCUGUUCUGCGUUCUUCGUCAUCCUGUACAGUCUGGAGUGGGGUAAGGAGAAGGCAAACGAGUGGCUGACCACCUUCGUGUUAUCCUUCUUCCAGUCCGUGGUAGUGGUGCAACCUAUCAAGGUAUUCUUGCUGGCUGCGUUCAUCUCCUGUGUUUUGAAAAAGCCAGAACUAGACGAGGAGGAAACAUUUGACGAGCCGCCGACAACAACAACAGACGAGUACUUGAAGAAACAGCAAGUCAACCUUCAGGAUCUCAUCAUGCGAAGAAAGAUGGCACAGAGUUCCUUAAAACCACCAGAUCUAACGGCUCUGACGGCAGCUCGAGAACAGAGAAUGAAAGAGAUCCAGAUGGAAGCUAUCAUCAAGGAGAUCCUGAUUUAUUUCUUCUUCUUACUGAUCUUGUUUUUCCUGUCCUACCAGACGCGCAGCACCAGCUCGUACCUGUUCACAGAGAUGAUCAGAAAUACCUUCAUCAACACGUCACCCGCCAUCAAAGAUGUGCACACUAUCCCCCAGUAUUGGGCGUGGCUGAACAGCGUCCUCCUGCCCGGCCUUUACGCCUCCUCCAUGUACAACGGCAAGCGUCUGGAUUGGCGGCAAUCUCUCGCUAUCGAUGGUUUUGGCGCCAACAGGGUCGGCGUGGGAAGAUUGAGACAGAUGAGAGUGAAAGACAAUACUUGCCGCGUUCAACCCUUGUUCCGGAAAAUAAUCCACCGUUGCCGUGACGACUACAACUGGAAUGACGACGACGCCAGAGAUUAUUAUCCAUUGUGGAAACUUCCGCCGCAAGACAAUGAGACCGCUCUCGAUAUCCUCGGGGACGCUGACACCCCAUGGGUCUAUCAAAGCUCUCUUAAACUGAAAAACGCCCCCUAUAUGGGUGUUGUAAACUUCUACAAAGGUGGCGGUUACGUACAGGACUUGGGACGCACGGCAAGAGCAAGCAAAAGAAUAACUCAGAAACUGAAAGAUGAUGAUUGGUUCGAUCAGUACACGAGAGCGAUCUUCGUGGAGUUCACUUUGUUCAACCCGAAUGUUAAUUUGUUUGCCUCUGUGGUUAUUUUAAAAGAAUUCUUGGCAGCAGGAGGAUCGACGACUAUGCCUGAAAUAAAGAUUUUCCGUCUCUUCCCUUACGUUGGCGGCUUUGGCAUCGUAGUCAUCAUCUUUGAGUUGAUGUUCGGCGCCUUCACCAUCUACUUCUUGGUGCGAGAGGUGGGCAAGAUCCGGAAGGAAGGAAAAGCUUACUUCAGAGAGUUCUGGAACCUGAUGGAGUUUUCCACCACGUGUUUCUCCAUAGCGGCCAUUGCCAUGUAUAUCAUGAAGCACGGGCUGGCGGCGCUGGCGAUGAAUGCGUUAGAGAAGAGCGGCUCUGCUGAUUUUGUCAACUUUCAAUCUCUGGCCCUCUGGGACGAAACAUUCGGCUACAUGGUGGGCGUCGUGGUCUUCCUAGCCACCAUCAAGUCUCUGAAACUCCUCCGCUUCAACCGCCGUAUGGGCAUGUUGGGUGACACCAUCCGCAUCGCUACUCAGGACCUGAAGGUCUUCUCCAUCACCUUCUUCUUAUACUUCUUCGCUUUCUGCCAGGCGGCGUACCUCCUGUUUGGGCGCCAUCUGCCAAGUUACGGCACGUUCAUCGGCUCAGUGGAGGCGCUGUUCGCUUUCUCUCUCGGCUCGUUCAGCUUUGACGACAUGAAGGACGCCAAUCCAGUUCUGGGACCCUUGUUCUUCUUCUUGUUCGUGGCUGUGGUCUAUAUCGGACUGAUGGGGAUGUUCCUCACCAUCAUUAACGAUUCUUUCGCCACCGUGAAGGCGAACGCUGAGAUGCAGUCUAACGACUACGAGAUGGUGGACUUCAUCGUGAAGCGGUUUAAGGCUGCGUUCGGAAUGGAAACUAAAGAAGAGCCAAAGGAGGAGGACGAGGAGGGCGAUAAAGAGAAAAAUUAGACUUUCAAAUGUAAGCUUAAAAGAAAAGGCAGCACCAAUUACAGUCGGACAUUACAAACAAAACAGAUGUUUGUGUUAGUAGUUAAGCUUUCAGCCAGAGAAACCAUUCAUCCACACACUCGAUAUAAAAAAUUUGAUGUAUUGGAAAUUUUAUUCAGUUCCGCUUCAUUUAUUUAAUCUACUGCAAGUUGGGCUUUCUGUGCAUUAUUAGCGUGUUCUAACAAGCUUAUCUCUUUUGUGAAUUUUAAUCAAAUAGACACUGUCAGUUAAUUUCUUUCCAGCACAAGUUUGUCAUGUUCUGUCAUUCUUCUGUCUUUUCUGCUUUUCUCUUUCUAUCUCUCUCUCUCUCUCUCUCUGACGAGCGUGAACAUAGCGUGAUCAAAGUUCGACUACAUAUACGUGUAUAAUGGAGCAAUAACAGCUUUCAACACUUCAUUCCAUGUGAUGCCAAGCAGUAGGAAGCCGUCUUAGCGCACUGUGAUACAGAAAACUGGUCUUGUGAUAGAAACUGGGUUAGUUUAAGUUAUUUUGAUAACUGGCUUGGAAUUCACCAUGUUUUCUAACUGGAGAAAACAAAAAAAUGUGUUCUUGCAGUUGCUGUAUCUUGAAAUCCAGUUUAUUUUGCCCUGCUUACACCUGAUGGUAGAA